UAGCCAAUAUGAGUCUUGAGACAGUGGUGCGAAAAAAUACCAUAGGACUGAAAAUAAUGGGCUUGAAUUCUGGCCGCUACCUUUGUUUUAAUAAAAGAGGAAAACUCAUAGCAAGGUUUGUAGGAGAAAACAAAAGGUGUUUAUUUAAAGAAGUACUCAGUCCAGACAUGUAUACCAAAUUUCAGUCACUUUAUAACUCCGACUGGUUCGUGGGUUUUAAUAAAAAAGGCAAACCACUUAAAGGUAAACCAGAUCGUCACAAGGGGAAGAGACAUUGUUUUUCAUUUAUCAAAAGAGGAUUCUCUUAUUUAACCAUUCAUUCGAAUCAACCCGGACCUAAGAUGCCAGACGAUCCAUCGAAACUUUUUGCUAAAGAAACAGAAAAAACUCACGAAAGGAAAGUUACAAAAAGGGACAAGAAACGUCCUUUCAGAUAAACUUCUGCAUCCCAAGCAUCGGGCUGGAACCCGUAGCUCAUAAGUGUGCGUGUGUGUGCAGUGCGUGUGCGUGUGCUAAUGGAACUACGAUAUUAAAAAUUAAUAUUGGAUACACUACAAGAGUACAUUAUUUAGAUUUAGGGCCAUUCGUGGCCUUGUGCAUUUAUCGAGACCAAUGUGGCAUGGAUGUACAGUACCAGUAUAUCGAGGCUCUCUUCAUAGUGGACUACUUCUUUGUAUUGUGUGCAAAACCAAACAUUGUUCGCUAUUGUUGUUGCCAUUAUUUUGAUCAUUUUAAUAAAACGGGUCCUUUCAAUUAUA